AUGUCUUAUGAAGAUACCGUGACAGCGUGCGCGUUCAGGAAUGCUGUUAGUCAUUCUACAAACCUGCCCGAUAAGAUAAGCACAGAGAAUAAAGAUGAAUCCUUAUCCAAAAAAAGCUCUUGUGAACCGGUACCAAAAAGCACGUCAAAUUCGACCAAGGACGUUUUUUCCGUCGAAAAUGACCGUUGCACUGAACAGAUUCAAUGUCCUUUAUCAAAACCAUUAAAGAAUCUGAAUGAAAUUUCAACAAAUGAUACAAACGGGAAUUCUGAGGACACUGAUGUCGAUAUGUUAUGUAAACUAAUUGAAAAUGAUGAUUCGCAUAUGUUUGAUUUAAAAUUAGAUGAAAAUGUCGAAAUGUUUUUAGAGUUACAGAAAUUACAAACCGAUAGAUUUAUAAAAAAUCCCCACAAUAUGUCAGAGAAAGAAAAAAAUUUAGGCUUAAAGCUGCAGAAGCGACUUGCCGAAAUGAUAUCCGAAGUUCCGCCAUCCGCAUUGGUAACUCAUGAAGGCAUAGAGAAAGCUAUGGCACAGUUACCAAUGCGCGAAACAGCAUUCAAGGGAAUGCUUCCGAUAAACAAAAGUCACGCAUAUCUACAGAAUGAAAAUUCUCGUAACCCCCUUUACGGAUCUACAAAUGCAGUUCGUCUUUCUGGUGUUAAUACGCCUAUGCACCACAAUGAACAUCAACAGCAGAAUAUGAUAGCUAAUGGGUCGAUCCAUACGACACCAUCGCAUCCGAUUCCUAGUGGGACACAACCAAUGUUCAUGGGAUUACCACCUACAAGGACUCCAGCUACCCACAUACCGAUGAAUGUCCCUUAUGGGAUGGGCUACGGUGUUGCCG